UACUUAAUACUUGUAAAUUGUCUGCCCUCUUCCAUUUGCACUUCUGAUUAGAUGCUAACAGCAAUUCGUUGUACAAUACAUUUGAAUCUAAUCUUCAACCAUAUCUCACUCCCAGAAAUAUUUUCACGCCACUUCAUUUAGAACUCAGUAUAAUGUAGGCUAUAAACUUAACUUACCAAUACACAUUAAAUAUAUUUAAUGUUGUAUAUGCUGCACUUUAGCACCAUCACAGUCAUACACUGCGGUCAGUCGGAAAUGGUGUGCGAAAGUGUAGUCAUCCACGCUCAGCAUGGAAUUGAGCCUGUAAUGUAGCUUUAAGUGUAGCAGCAUUAAUAUCUCCAUAGAGAUUCAUUAUAUAUUUAAAUGUUCAUUUCUCCAAUGUCAUUGAGUGAAAUACGUCUAUACGUGUUGUGUUACGUGUUGUGUAUAGAGAAGAUCUGGCUGAACACAAAGUGAAAUUAUUCACUAAUAGUUAAACAUGUGUCUGUAGUUUAGCAUAAAAUAAAACGAAUGUAAUAGAAUCCCCAAUAGGACCUUCAUAUAUUUUUUCAACAGAUGUCUGGAUCAGAUCUAUAAACACUGAAACAUUUUCUUAUUACAUAGCAUGUUCAGUAAUGUUUAAUUCAUUAAUGUAUCUCAAAAUACUAAAAUUUCAACCGACUGAGCAAGACACGUUUUCAGAGUGCUCAAACGUAAAUGAUAGCCAUGCACACAAUUUUUAGGAAAUUUUGAGCGAGUAUUUUUAAGAGUCGGCUGUCACCAAGCCACAGUUUUAAUAUCUUCUGAUGACGUUGCAGGAGAAUGGACUACAGAAGGAACACAGUCAAGGCCCACCACCAGUCCCUGUGACAAAGGUUUUGAUGUUCCUGUGGUACAUGGCCAACCAGAACAGCUUUAGGGAGAUGUCAGACAAGUUUGACUUGUCGCAGUCAUCGGCACACAGGAUCAUACUAGAACUGCUUAACAUAAUUUGCACAGUGGGACCAACCUUCAUCUCCUGGCCAAAUUAUUGUGAGAAAGCAGUGUCUGCCAUGGAGUUCCACCGCGUCUGUGGCCUCAGUGGUGCAAUUGAUGGAUGCCACAUCAGGAUGCAGAGGCCCCCCAUAAGAGGGAACUACAUGAAUAGAAAGUCCUACUCUGUCCUCCUUCAGGGGAUUGUAGACAAGAGAGGGGGCGAUUCAUUGACAUUUUUGCUGGACCACCAGGCAGGGUUCAUGAUGCCAGGAUGUUGAGGGCCUCCAACUUGUGUUUGACUAUCUGGAUUUUAUGCUCCCAGCUCAGUCUCCAACUUCUUCACAACAUGGCAGGAGAAGAUGGGUAAGUAGAUUGUUGGGAGACACUGCCUACAUUGGACAGGCCUUCCCAUCUAAGUUUGACAAGGGAGCUCUUACUGAAGUAGACCAGCUGCAGAACUCCAACAUCAGCUGUGGAAGUGUGGUUGUUGAAACAAGCCUUCGGAAGGAUGCUAUGCAAGUGGAGGUGUCUUCGAACAUGUAGAUUGAUGCUGUGAUGAUCGUGAUGGCAGCCUGUUUUCUGCAAAGCAUGUGUAUUUGUGCUUCAGAGAUAUAUCAGGAACACCCACAUGACUGCCCAAGGCAGGACAAUUAAAAUGUAUUUCAACUGAUGAAUUGGAUAAAUUAAUUGCUACCAUUGAUUUGUUUUUACAUUGUGUCAGACAUCCCAACCUGCAAAAAGUCAUUUCAGGGAGACAGCACAGUCUCUGUCUCGCAUGCACGCCCUUGAUUACUCGUUCUAAAUUCCGAGAUAUUUUAACUCAUUUGCGGGCAUCAGGGAGCCGCUAACAAUAUGCGGGAGACUCCCGGGAGCCUUGGGAUGUCUGUUGUGUGUACCAGUAAAUAAGUAUUUACAUCAAUUAAGUGUCUGACCAUUUACUCAUUGCCCACAAUGACACUAUGGUUAAUGGUAUCUAACGAAAUAUUUAAACUUGACGUGAUGUUAAUGUAUGACAACAUUAUUUAAUGUCAAUAUGCUAUACUAACACCCGGCAAAUGGUCAGCUCUAUGGUGUUGUGGUUAAAGACACAGACUUCCACGUGGACGACCUAGGUUAGAAUCUUGAGAGGGCAGCCAUGAUCAACACUCUCUAUUUAGGUCCGGCUGAACUAGGCUUGCCUGGUUUCUUGUUUUUCUCUUUCAACUAAUGGUAAGCUAAACUAACCACACACAAACUGAAAGACUUCAUUGGUGAGCUGCUCAGGAUUGGCGGGUGCUACACGUCAUAUGCAGCAACUCUCCACACCUGAUGGAAACAAAAGAGACAGGGACAGCGAUAUUAGAGUUGGAACGUAAACUCCGCGAUCUCCAACGUCAACCAAUCACAUUAAUUUCUACCUUAGGGCUGAUCUGCCUCCCAGAGUGAAGUCCCAACUCCUUGUGGUGUCCAAGUACUUACGGUUGCUAUAAUCGGGAAUAUGUAGAAUGCAUUCUCUCUCCUGCUCGGUAGCAAGCCCGUGCGUUCACAGGAAUGCGUUCUCUUAAUAUCCAUCUGUGGGUAUGUUGGACCCCAUCUAGAGUUACUACGCUUGCUGUGCUCCAUGCGCCACCAGCGGUUGAGUUAUUUUCUUACAUGUUCAGCGAGAAAUGGCUGCUCAAGAGUCAUCUUCACCAUCUUCACUGGAAGGCAACAAACCAGGGUUACCUAAGAAAAUUUUAGCCAACAACCUCGAAGACAAACACUUGUGUAAUUCUUGUUUGAAAAUAUUGAGAAGGCCUCUACAAGCCCAAUGUGGCCAUCGUUUUUGUUCGUUUUGUUUCAACAAAAUUGUUAGUUCUGGACCACAGAAAUGCAGUGCUUGCAUUAAAGAAGACUUGUUUGAGGACCCCACAUCUAUUCUCAGAGAAGGCGGUGCUUUUCCUGACAAUGCAGCAAGGAGAGAGGUGGAAGCCUUGGCAGCUGUAUGUCCAAAUGAAGGGUGCACUUGGACAGGCAAUAUCAAAGAAUAUGAAGUGAACCAUGAGGGAAAAUGUGAUUUCACUAUAAUUCUCUGUCCCUCCUGUAAAGAACUCAUGAGGUCCAAUGAGCUUGAACGCCACAGCGAACGAGAAUGUCCUGAGAGGACACUUAACUGCAAAUACUGCAAAGAACCUUUCCAUUUCAAAAACAUCAAGGCGCAUGAUGAGAUCUGUCCAAAGUACCCUUUGAUUUGUGAAGGCUGUGCAAAGAAAAAGAUUCCCAGAGAAAAGUAUGUGGAUCACAUCAAGUUCUGCAGUAAAUUCAGAGCACCUUGCAGAUUUCAUGUUGUUGGCUGUGACACGUCUGUGGAGAAGGAGAAGAUCCAUGACCAUGAGCGUGCAUGUUCCUACGAACACUUAAAUCUGCUCUUACAUUUCAUCAUGGGCAUCAAGGUGAGCCUGGAGAGCUUGCAGCCCCAGAACCUGGAACUCGCAGGUCACAAGAUCCACGAACUGCACCGAGCCUUGAGAGAGCUGGAGCUGAAGCUGGGACAGCUGACUCUGGGUGUGGGGGCCCCGGUGCAGGGAGCCUGUGCUCCAGCCCUUCCCACUCCGGCCCUCCCCGCCCUGACCACCUCCUUCACCCCCCUGCCCAGCGCGAUGGGUGCUGCUCUGGAGCUGCAGCUCCACAGUGAGAAGACUAAGGUGGCAGAGCUGAGCCGGCGGUGCCAGGAACUAGAGCUGAAGGUGAGCACCUUUGAGAACAUUGUUUGUGUCCUCAACCGAGAGUUGGAGCGCUCCUGCACCACCAUGGAGGCCUACAACCGGCAGCAUCGCCUGGACCAGGACAAGGUGGAGAUUCUCAACAACAAGGUGCGUCAGCUGGAACGAACCGUAGGCCUGAGAGACCUGUCCAUCGUGGAGAUGGAGGGGAAGAUGAAGGAGAUGUCUGCAGCUACGUUUGACGGCAUCUUCGUUUGGAAAAUCUCUGAUUUCACAAAGAAGAGACAGGAUGCCAUUGCUGGCAGAGCCCCAGCUAUGUUCUCUCCUGCAUUUUACACCAGCAAAUAUGGCUACAAGAUGUGUCUACGGAUUUAUCUGAAUGGGGACGGUGCAGGGCGUGGCACUCACCUGUCUUUGUUCUUCGUGGUGAUGAGGGGACACAGUGAUGCACUACUCAAGUGGCCCUUUAACCAGAAGGUUACCUUGAUGCUGCUGGAUCAGAAUAAUCGAGAGCACAUCAUCGACGCCUUCCGCCCCGACAUCUCUUCCUCCUCCUUCCAGAGGCCCGUCAGUGACAUGAACAUCGCUAGCGGCUGCCCUCUCUUCUGCCCACUCCCAAAACUGGACUCCAAGAACUCGUACAUACGAGAUGAUACGAUAUUCAUCAAAGCUAUAGUAGAUCUCACUGGCCUCUAGGUGAAAUGCGCUCACUGCCCAAGCUUUCCAUCCCAGCUGCUUAUGUAACCAAGUUGUAUGGGUUCAACUCCCAGGCCCAGGGGACUGUUCUAAAUGGCGCCCUAUUUCCUGUGUGUUCCUGAUUUCAUGUUCCUGAAAGUAUGUUAAAAUAGUGUAUUACACCGCAGAUAGGGUGCCAUUUCUGAUGUAUCCUAGAUAUUUUGAUCGUAUGUAGUUUCAAGCCUGGUUGAGGAGUCUCUUGUUCACAGCACUAUGUUGUGUUGGCCAACAUUAAGCUUGAUGUCUUUAUUACCAAACAAACAAUCACAUAAUCUUUUUGUGAGUACUUUUUUUGUUCAAUGGAAGAUUGAAGUGUUGUUUCAGAUUUCCUGUGAGUUAGUGGGAUAGACAUUUGCUGUUGUAUUGAUUCUACUAUGCUAAUACCUUUACCACUGACCUCUAGCACUUGAGCGUUGUUGGAUGAUGACAAAGUUGUGGUCAAUAUAUGAAGCAUUGCAGAUGCUUAAGCCCUUUCUGUAAGUGCCAGGCGUUUGUGUAACUGCAGCUUUUGCAUUGACUGACGUGGAGUUGCACCAACAACAAUGAAUACCCAUUACCUUAGUUUUAAAUGGUCAGCUUUGCUCAUACUUUGCAGUGUAUUUAAGAGUUGGAAUUUGAAGUCAUUUGACGUUUGUCAAGGUGUGGUGUGCCUGUAAUCAAUGUCCUGUGUUCGUAGUGGUAGACAUUUCUUGAAUUCCAUGAAUUCCAAGUGCAGUAUUUGGGUUUUUAAUCAAUGUUGUUUGUUAACACAUUUUCUUUUGUCCUUCUUAGCUGAGUUGCUAUAUUUGAUGACAUGUUGGAUCUGUGGAAGAUACACUGUAUUUUGCAACAGGGUAGUUAGCCAAACCUGAGUAGUAGUGACAGAGUUUGUCAUCACUCAGGCGUUAUAGCUUGAGAUAGGAAUACUGUAAUUGUGAUGACAUAAAAGGACUGUUUACAAAUCACAAAAAUUUAGGGUAUUUAAGGAUAAACUUCAACUGUUGGGCUGUUUAUUGAAGCCAGUAAAAUCUGUAAGAUAGUUUUUAUUUUACUAUAAGUGCCUGCGUCACAGGUUAAUUAUGAUCAGUGAGCCAUUUAACUGUGGAUGUGCUGUCCUGUGUACUGUAUGGGUCCAAAUAGGUUUCAGUGGUGUGAAAAAGAGCAUUUGCAUACUCCAAAUACCCAUUACUGUAUUAUAUUUGGUAUGGUCAAAAGUCUACAUGACAUAGCCCUCAACAUACCAUGUAGAUGAAGUUCCUUAUACUUGGGAGAUGGUCUGUUUGGGAUCCCUCUGUUGAAUGGAGAAGUCGUCGAUAUCUUUCAAUUAGAUUUGCAUUGUAUCUACAAAGCAAAUUAACCCAGAAUGCUUUCAAACCAGUCUGGAAAUAUUGAAACCUCCGUGCAUGAGCUGUUUCAAUGACGAUUCAUGUUAAGUCCGGGUUUACAUUAUAGACCAAUAAUGUAUUUUUAAUUGUUUUCUUAUAAGCAUAUGAUUUUUAUGAUUGAGAAAAGAUAUUCAUGAUUUAUAUUGCAUAUUUAUUGACAUCCAUAUCAUUUACCUACAUAUUCAGGUUAUGCUGUUGAUGUAUCCUGAGUGAAAUAUAGUUACAUACUAAUAGAAUAUAUCUGUUUAUUUAUGGAGAGAUUUUAUUUAUUAACAUUAUAUUGUGUGUUGAGAUGGUUUAAAAGCACGUCUGGGCUCAUUUUAAAUUGUUUGUAGGCAAAUCUAGAAUGUAUGUGUCAGUGCAAACUUUCCUCAAUUGCCUCAAAUCUUAUGAGAUUAAACACUGUUCAAUUGCAGUUAA